AUGGAGUUUGUAUUGACUGACUUGGAACCAGGAACAGAAUACAAUAUCAGUGUGUCUACCGUCAGAGAAGGUCCCGGCGGAGAAGGACCAAGAAGUCCACUUCUGACUGUUACGACUCCUACCCUCGAGUGUCAGCACCUGAGGAAAACUAGUGCUGUUUGGAUGGCUUUAUUCGUGAUAUCGUUCUCGGGGAUCAUCAUACUUCUUGCUAUUGCCAUGGUGAUUGUAGGCAAGCGGAAGCAGAAGAAGGCAGAACUGUCUCGUGUACGUGUUGACCCAGAAGGAGCAGGCGAUCCACAGAACCCUGAUUACGAGCUACCUCAACCCAGUGUAGUUAGGCAACAUGCCUACCAGGGCCUCAGAAGAUCAAGGAUCAGCGACAGCAUAGAAGUGGAUUACGAUGACACCGCUGAUCCAGAGAAAUUGUAAUACUUAUAUAUGUCAUCUGGAGUUCGAAAGUAGUUAUUAAGUCUGCACGGGAGGCGUCAUGUAUUGACUUAGGACUGCGUUAACGACACGCAUGACCUUUGACACGCAAUAAGUGACUUUGCACAAGGAAUGGAUGUAGAGCUAGUAUCACAUUGGGCUGCAACAG